AUAUUUCCCUACAAGCAAAGUAAUUUAUGCAUGCCACAAAUAUAAAUCGGAAAGUAAUAAUUACUGGUUCAAACAUCAAAGCAGUGAGGCAUAUAAAUUAAGCAGAGAUUGGCAAGCACUAUCCAUUACCAAACAGCCUAAAAAAUUCUGUGUUCCAAAUACCCACCCUCUCUAA